ACUAAAAAAGCUCUUGCUCAAAUUAGUUUCAUUUCCCUAAAGCAAAAAAGAAAAGCAAGACUAUGAUAUUACCAACGACGAAAACUUUGCUUAUAAAUCCGUUAAUUCAGUUGAAAACCCCUCUCCCUCUUAAAUUUCGCCCCAAAUUCGCAUCAAUCUCUGCUCGUCUGGACAAUUCCGAGCAGCAACUGAAUCUCUCUGUUCUUAGAUUCACUUUGGGUAUUCCUGGAUUGGACGAAUCCUAUUUACCUAGAUGGUUAGGGUACGGGUUCGGUUCCCUUCUCAUAUUGAACCACUUGCUCGGAUCCGACUCCGUCACCGCCGCGCAGCUGAGAACGGAGGCUUUAGGUAUAUCGUUGGCUGCAUUUUCCGUUACACUUCCUUACCUUGGUAAAUUUCUCAAGGGUGCAACUCCAAUGGAUCAAACGACUCUGCCUGAAGGUGCUGAGCAAAUAUUUGUUAUGUCACAAAAUGUGUCAGGUGCUCAGAAGGAGGGUUUGGCUUGGGCGACAUAUGUUUUAUUGCGAAAUACCAGCUCCACCUCCGUGUUAAUAUUAGCGCAAGGUGCAUUAUGUAUACGUGGAUAUUGGAAUUUGCCUGAUGGUGUAUCCAAAGAUAAUGUACUUGAUUGGGUUAAAAGUAAUAUAGAAGAAACUGGUCUCUCUGAGUUGACAGAUACCCUUUACUUCCCUCAAAGUUCAGAUGCUGAAUUCCAGAAUAUACUUCCUCAGGGGACCCGUUCUGUCUUGGUACAACCAAUAUUGGAUCCAAAUCCAAGCACCAAUGACAUGGGGAACAUUGAAGGUUUUGUCCUGUUGGCUUCAAGCAUGAGAUAUGCAUAUAGCGAGAAGGAUAGAGCCUGGAUAAGAGCAGUUUCAAACAAACUUAGAAGUAAGAACUGAAAAUGAUGGAAAUGAUUCUUCACUGGAUUUGCCAUGGGUCUUGUUAUACACCAAGGAACUUGAAGAGUAAUGGGGUUCUACAGAAAUUUCUCCAGGCCAUACACUAGAUGCUGCCACAAUGAUAAAGAC